AUGGCCUCCCAACCCACCGUUGAGCGACUCCUUCCGGAGUCCAACUACCCGGAGUCCCGGGUUCUCGUUAUCAUGACGGGCGGAACCAUCUGCAUGCAACCUACCGCCGACGGACUCAAGCCCAUCGGCGGCUUUCUGAAGAAUGCCAUGGCCCCGCGCCCCUCCUUCAACGACAAGUCGACACCUUCAGUACAACUCGAGGCUUACAAGAACGGUCAAAAGGUUGUUCUUGACAGCCUGAGGACACCGCCCAGCGCUUACUCCCGUCACAUUCGCUACGGUGUCCUGGAAUUCUCUCCUUUGCUCGAUUCGAGCUCCAUCUCGGCCGAGGGCUGGACUGAGAUUGCCCAGACGAUUAGAGAGAACUAUCGUCUCUUUGAUGGCUUCGUUGUGCUGCACGGAACCGACUCACUAUCAUACACGGCUUCGGCUCUUUCUUUUAUGCUUUCUGACCUGGGCAAGCCCGUUAUUCUCACCGGUUCUCAGGCCUCCAUUUUUGCGCUCCAGUCAGAUGCCGUCGACAAUCUGCUGGGCUCGCUGAUCAUUGCAGGAACGUUCGUCGUCCCGGAGGUCGGUCUCUUCUUCCACCACAAGCUCUUCCGCGGCAACAGAACGAGCAAAAUCUCGUCCGCCGCUUUCGAGGCUUUCGCCAGCCCCAACUGCGAGCCCCUGGCCAAGGUCAAUGGAUUGGGUAUUGAUGUGAACUGGCCUAUCGUGUUGAGGCCCACCAGAAUCGCCGAGCUGCAGGUCACCCAACAUCUCGACACCGCGCACGUCGCCUGUCUGCGUGUUUUCCCGGGUAUCAGGCCCGAAAUGCUCGACUCCGUCCUCCGGGUCCCCGACCUUCGCGGUCUCAUCCUGGAAACCUUCGGCAUGGGCAACGCUCCGAGCGGCAUUGACGGCAGCCUGACCAAGGUCAUCAAAGCCGCCGUGGACCGUGGCGUCAUCGUCGUCAACGUCAGUCAGUGCAUGAGCGGCUUUGUCUCGCCCGUUUACGGCCCCGGAACCGAACUUGGCCGCGCCGGCGUCAUCUUCGGCCUGGACCUCACAGCCGAAGCGGCCCUGACGAAACUGUCCUACCUCCUUGCGGUGCCCAACCUCUCGACUGCCGAGGUCCGCGCGCGCAUGUCCCAAUCGAUCCGGGGCGAAAUGACCGAAAUGGCUCUUCCGGUAUUUUCGCACCCAUCCGGCUCGCUCGACUCGGUCGUGUCGCGACUAACGGCGACAGAAUCGGCUUUCACUGUCCUCGGCUACGCCGUACGGAACGGGGAUUUGAACAUGGUCAAAGAGAUCCUGGAUAACGACGCACAGCUCGAGCUGCUUAAGAUGGCCGACUACGCCGGCAAUACGGUGGUGCACCUCGCGGCCGUCGGCCCGGAUAUUGAGGUUCUGCGUGAGGUCCUCACGAGGGGAGCCAGCGUGCAUGCGCGAAACCGCGCCAACAACACCCCGCUGUAUCUCGCGGAGAAAACAGGCAACGAGGAGUGCGUCAGAUUGUUGAAGGAGACGGGUGCUCACUUAUGGCAGGACGAGGCGACUAUUUUGGAUUCGGUCCAGGCAUCUCAAGCAUCUGGAGGAGUUUAA